AUGGAACCGGGUGGAGAGCUCAACGGUGAUAGUGCUGGUGCUGGUGCUAUCGCUGACGAUGACCAAGAGUAUCUGCAGAAUGCUGAUCCGAAUGAAAUGAAGCGCGUCAAGGUAUACGAACUUGUAGGUUCUCGUUGGGUAGACCGAGGAACGGCAUUUUGCUUCGGUCAUCUCUCCGAGGACGGAUCUGAAGCACUUUUGACAGCCCGUUCAGAGAAGGAGGUGGACGACAUUAUCCUUAGCACAACUAUUCGUACUAGUGACGUGUAUCAACGACAGCAAGAAACCCUGAUUGUAUGGACGGAACCUGAUGGUGUUGAUUAUGCAUUAAGUUUCCAAGAUUCGGAGGGUUGUGCUGAAGUUUGGAGCUUUAUCGUCGACGUUCAAAGACAUAUGAAACAAGGCUCAAUCACCCUCGACCCAUCUUCACCUCUCCCUGCUUCUUCAGAACCUUCGUCUGUCGCUACUGCAACCAUCAUUCGUACUGGUCAUUUACCCGCUCCGCACCUGGGCAUGAUUGGAGAAAUAGACAGGGCUAUCAAGACACUGGCUAGAACGCAACAGGUCAAGGAGAAAAUAUGCGAGUAUAUCCAGAAUGAGGAUUAUAUCAAACAACUUAUUGAGGUGCUGCAUCUGGCCGAGGAAUCCGAGAGUCUAGAGAAUUUGCAUGCACUAUGCAGUCUUAUGCAAACGAUACUCAUGUUGAACGAUCACGGCAUCUAUGAGCAGAUCCUAGAAGAUGAAUAUUUCUUCCACGUCUGUGGCAUGCUUGAAUACGAUCCCGAAUUCCCUACGCACAAAGCCAAUUUCCGUGAAUUCCUGAUUCAAGGUACCCGAUUCCAUGAGCCUGUACUUAUUCGAGAUUUUGGCAUUCACCGCAAAAUCCACCACACAUACCGACUUCAAUUUCUCAAAGACGUAGUUUUAGCGAGGGUACUGGACGAUUCUACAUUCAAUGUUUUGAAUUCUUGUAUCAUCUUCAACCAGAUGGACAUCAUUCAACACGUUCAGCAAGACAAUGCGUUUUUGCGAGAUAUCGUCAAGUUGUAUGUUGAUGAAGAUAUGCUUGCAGGCGGCGGGAGGAAGGCACAAGAACAGCAGCAGAUUGGUCCUCAAGUGAAUGGUCACGAUCCGCCGUCAACGUCGAGCCCCACCAAUGGCGCCCAGCCUUUGGCUAACGGAUAUGUACCCUCUUCAUCGCCCACUCCGCGCCCUUCUACACCCAGUCAAGCUAAACAGCAACCUUAUUCUUUUGCCCCUCCGGAAGAGAUGUCAGAAGCUGCUCUUGAACUUAGACGAUCCGUGAUAUUCUUGAUUCAACAAUUAUGCGUAAUGGGAAAGAAUGUACAACUUCCUGCCCGAUUGGCACUUUUCAGAACACUGGUCGACCGCGGCGUGCUCUUCGCCAUCCAAUGGGCAUUAGGUCUUUCUGAGAAACAACCAGUGACAAAGGCAAUGAUAAGUGCUGGUGGGGAGGUUUUGGCUGCGUUGCUUGACCACGACUUGGGGGGCGUUCGAGCCCACGUAUUGAAGCAGGUCGUGGCAAUUGACAAGGAAAGGGCAGCAGGGAAGCGAGGUGCUGAUAAGGCGGAGACGAUUGUGGAGCUAUGCUGCCGGAACUUAUCACAAAGUAAAGAUCUCGCGGUCCAGAGUCAGAUUGGGGAUGCGUUGAAAGUUUGGUUGGACGUACCCCUUUCGACGGAUAAUUUCUCAUCGGGAGGAUCCGAGGCUACACAAAUGACUCGUAAAGAUGAACCUGGAACAGAACGGUUCAUAGAGUAUUUCUACAAGAAUUGUGCUCAGAUUUUAUUCAAACCCUUCAGCGACCUUCCGGAUUGGAGGAAUGUGACCGAGUUAAUUUAUCCCUUGACACGCGAACAGACCAAUCGAUACGUGUAUCUGUGCGAUAUGCUGUACAAUUUCAGCCUGCAGCAUCAGUUUCGAAGUCAUUUCUAUAUACUGUCUACGAACGUUGUUCUAAAGGUUGCCUCACUCCUGAAAGCCAAAGAAAAACAUCUACGGCAUGCUGCCUUCCGAGUCUUCAGGCUUCUGCUCAAACAGAAUAAUCAGAACAUGAUGUCGCAGUUGAUGAAGCAUGAUAUUUUCAAGCCGAUACUGGAUCUCACCCUCCAAGAGUCACGGCGGGAUAACCUUCUCAGCUGCUCAUGUCAAGAGUUCUUUGAGCAUAUGCGGCGAGAAAACAUGAAGGACCAAAUCAACUUUUGUAUGACUAAACAUGAAGUGGAAAUAAAAGCCCUGGCUGAGACCCGCCUUGGUGGUCAGCGUUUCCAGCUUUUCAUUCGCAGAUGGGAGAUGAACAACGAGCCCAUGCCGGUCGAGGCAAAACCCGAGAAAAUUAUCGACACUCGCAACUGGCCGAUUGGAAGCCGUGUCCUCGAAGCGGAAGAAGAAGACUAUUUCAACGGAGACGACGAAGACGAUUUUGUGCCUGCUAUCAGUCACUCAUGGUCGAGAGGAACCGGCGCGUCUUCUCCUAUACCCAGUUCUAAUGGCUUGAAACGCAAACGCCGUAUGGCCGUCGCUGGAGCUCUCUCAAACAAGGGAAUACGGACACAUCGUCCACCUUCUCGUUCUCCACACCUUGGAUCCCUUGUCGACUACGAAGACGAUGAAGAGCCGGUUUCAAUCGACACUUCAGAAGAUCCUUCAGCGUCCUCAUCUUCGUCCACCCUUGCUCCCCCGUCAAGCCCUAAACCUUCACAUCGUCAAAUUCCUUCACCCCCGAACGGCCCCCCACCUAAACGCCUGCCCUCGGUGGACGAGGAGGAUGAAGAUAAUAUGCUGGAAGCUCUCGUCGCUCGAUCGCGGCCGCAGUCACCUGCCCCAGGGUUGAUGUCCAGCGUAGAUUCUCUCGGUCCAAUGAGACCAGCCGAGAAAAGGCGGCGGGGUGAUGACGACGAGGACGACGAAGAGCUACUAGGCAGAUUGUCAAAGACUUCCAAAAAGCCUGAUCUGGGAAAACAGAAGGAUAUGUCCGGAGGAUUGUCCAUCUCGUUGAUCAAUCGCAACAAGACAGGAGACGAUCCACCCAAAAAGUUCAAACUCAAAAUUGGGAUGGCGAAAGCCAAUUCGUUGUCCUCCCCUAAAAUUUCUUCGCCAUCAUCAGCUACUCAAGCUCCCUCAGAGCCAGGUGCGAAAGAUGGGGAUACGGGAUAA